AUGAAAGACAAAAAAAAAAGUAUAUAUUUUUAUAAAGAUAGACAAAAGGAAAGCUUUGAAACAAGAUCUGAAGAUAAUAAUUUAAAUAUAUAUGAAAAAAGAAAAGAAUGUGAAUAUGAUUCCCAUUAUGAAAAUACAGAUAUAGAGAAUGUUAUUAAAAGAAAAAGCACAUGUGAUAAUAAUUCUAAGAAUUCGAAAAGUUCCUUUUUUUAUGAAAUAGAAAAUUCAGAAAAAAGUCAAAACGAUUACUCAAGUAUUUAUGAAAAAGAAAAAAAAAGUUGUUCACGAAAAUCUUUUUAUUCUAUCUAUGACUAUACUGAUGAAAAUAAUGAUAGUGAUUAUAAAAUUAUAAAAAAAAAUAAAAAAAAUAAUUUAACUUACAAAGAAAGUUGUAAGUCAUGUUACAACGAUAAAAUGAUAAAAAGUGUGUAUGAUAAUAAUUAUUAUAUGCAUAUUUAUGAUAAUGAUAAUAUGAAUAGUAAUAAUCUGCUAGUGAAAAGCAGUAAUAAAAAUAAUAACAAAUAUAGAAAUAAAAAUAAAUACUUCAAUAGAAAAAAAAAAGUUAAAAAAGAUCUUAUAAAUAAAAUAGAUGAAUUAGUUAAAUAUUAUAAAAUUUAUAAUAUGAAAGGAAAGUAUCAUUAUGUAGGAAUAACUACCAUUCUGAAAAAAUAUAUAUAUGUUAUAAAAAAUAAUAAUAUUUUAUUUUUUAAAAAAAAGUUAAAUAACAAAAAAAUUCUUUUAAUUAAUAAAAUUAAAAAAAGAUAUAAUAACUGCAACACAUUUUAUUUUAUACAAAAAAAAUAUUUAUAUAAUAUUGAAGGUAGACAAAAAAAAAAUAAAUGUUUCUUCUAUAGAUACUUAUAUUUUUGCAAACUAAAAAAAAAAUUGCAAAAUUAUUAUAAACAGAGAAAAAUAAAAAGAGAAAAAAAUUUUAAAAAUUUAAUGAAAUUCAUAAAUAGUCAAAUAAAAAAAAAAUAUUUUUUCAAUAAAUAUAUAGAUUGUAGAUUGAAAGAUGAAUUUGAUAAAAACAAAAACAUAAUUAAUCAGAAAUGCAAUCCUGAUGAAAAUAUUAUAAAAAAAUAUCUUAUGUACUGUUUUCAAAAUAAUAUACACAAUUUUAGAGAAUCAUUAGAUAAUGAAGAGAAUUAUAAGAAAUUCAGUAAAUAUAAAAAAAUUUUUAUUCAAAAUUUCAAAAAUUAUACAAAUUAUAAAAAAGAAAAACAAAACGAAAAAAAAAAAAAUGAUAUAACAGAAAAGAAUAAAAAAUAUUUUAGUAUUGAAACUAAAAUGAAAAAUAUGUUUAGAGAAAAAAAAAAUAAUAAAAAAAAUGAAGAAGAAUUUGAUAUAUGUCUAGAUUGCAGACAACUAUAUGUGAAUUAUGUAAAAGAUUCAAACAAUUAUAAUAAAUUUAAAAAUGGCAUAUUAUUAAGUGAUAUAAAUAUAAUUAAAAAACUGAUUUUAUCAAGAAAAGAAAAAAAUGAAAAUUAUACUGACAAUAAUAAGGUUAACAACAAUAAUAAAAAUACUUUUAGUUGCAAAAAUAAUAUGAAUGAAAAAAAAAAUAAGAUAUAUGAUAACAUAAAAAAAAAAAAUAACUGUAGAAACAGAAGUAUUACAAAAAAUUGUAACAAUAAUAAAAAUAAUAUUGAAAAAAUUAAUCAUGAAAAUAAUAAUAAUGCUAAUAUCAAUAUUAAUACUGAUAAUGAUAAAAAUAUAGAUAAUAAUGAUAGUAAAAAUAUUAAUGACAAUAAUGAAAAAUUAAUUAAUGAAAAUAAUAAAAUUAUUAAAAGUAACAAUAAUAAAAGUAUUAUUAACAUUAGCAUAGAAGAUAUUAAUGCUACUACUAUUGAAAAUAAAAAUAAGAAUAAUAUUGGUGUAAAUAAUUACAAUAUUGAAAAUAUAAAUUCUAAUAAUGUUGAAGAGAUUAAUAAUAGUAGUAAUGAAAAGAUAAAUAGUGAUAAAAAUGAAAACAUGAAUAAUAAUAGUGAUAGAAAUGCAUACAAUGAAAAUAAAGAAAAUGUUAGCAUAAAUUAUAUUAAAAAUAAUAAUAAUGAUAGCUCAAAUGAGAAAGAAUAUCUUAAUAUGAACAAAAGUAAGAAAUAUAUUAAUUUAGAAAAAUCAUUAAAAAAUGAAAUGAUAAAUGAAGUAGAUAAUUUUUCAAUAAAUGACGAAAUAGAUAAGACUCUUAAUUGCGAAAAAUGUGAUUCAACAUAUGAAAAUGAAGAAAAAAAUAAUCAAAAAGAUAUUUGUAAUACUAUCAAUUAUGAGAUAGAAAUACAGACAAAAAUGGAAAAGGAAUUAAAAAAAAAUUUAGAAGAAAUUGUUAGAAAUUAUAUUAAUAAUGAUGUUGUUAAUCAAGAUGUUGAAUUUAAUAAAAUAGAACAAAAAACUAUAAAAGAAAAAAAUCAUACAGAAAAAGAUAUGCAUAUUGAAAAAAGUAGAAAAACAAUUUUGAAUAAUAAUUCUUUUUCUUUGUAUACUCAUGAAGAAAAUUUAGAUAAGAAUUUUAAAGUAGAAUCUAUUAGUAAUUUUUUUCAUUCAUUUCAAAAUAUAAAUAGUAAAUAUAUCAAUUUAGAAUUAAGAAAAAGAAAGAAAAAGAAGAAAGUUAAAAAGAAAAAUAAGUAUGAACUAGAAAUAAAAAAUUUAGUUGGAGAAAAAGAAAAUAAUGAAAUUUGUAGCAGUGAUUUUAAAGUAUCAAAAGAUUUACAUAAUUUUUAUUCCCAUCUUCAUAAGAAAAUUCUUAAUGAGUUUAAAGAAAGAUGCUUAAAAAAAAUGAAAAAAAUAUUUAAUAAAAAAUGUAAAGAAAUUGAAAAAGAUAUUUCAGAAAAUCUAAGGACAGUAGUAAAUACAUUUAAUAGUUUAGGUAAUAUUAAUAAUAAUGAUAUACACAUAUGUAAAAAAAAAAAAAAAAAAAAUUUAAAUAGUGAAAUAAAAAUAGAUUGUGAAGAUAAAAAAUUAACUAAUAAUAAAGUAAAUACUCAAAUAUUUAAUGACAAAAAUAAUUUCAUUAACACCACUGAUCAUAGUAAUUUUUAUAACAAUGAAACUAGAAGUGAUAACAAUAAUAUCCAACAUAGUAAUAGUAUAUAUAUUGAUAAUGAUUUCAUUCAAAAUAAUUCAAUUACUUAUAUUAACAACACUAGUAGCAUGGAAAAUAUUUUCAAAAGUAACUCCGAUAUUAGUAAUAGAUAUGCUGAACAUACUAGCUGUAACGAAAUUUAUAAGAAACAACAAAAUGAAAAAAUCAAUAUUACAAAUUUACUUAAUAUAAAUAAAAAGAAUAUUUAUAAAAAACAAAAUUCUCUUAAUUCAAAGAAAAAUUAUGGAAAUGAAAAGGGUGAUGUACUAUUGAACAUUUUACGUAAUAAAAGUUUAAAUGACUUAAACAAAAAUUUUAUAUUUAAAAAUUUAAAUUGCAAGAAAUUUUGUAAAUCUAUAAAAAAUGAUUUGAACAAUAAUAUAAAUGUAUUAAAAUAUUUAAAUAUUGUAAAACAAAAAAAUGUUGGUGAUAAUAUUCUUAAAAAAAUAAAUAAUACUGCUAACCAUUACAACCCAUUGAAUAAUAGAAUAAGUGAUAAAAAUUAUAUAAAUGAAUUUUUCCAAUAUAUAAAAGAUAAAAGUAUUACUAAUAAGAAAUUACCUAAUUCAACAAAUGAAACAAAAAAAUCAUCAAAUGAAAUGAUAAAAACUGAAAGAAAAAAAAAAAAAAAAAAAAAUUUAUUUAAGAAAUUUGAAUUAUUUAAAAAAAAAGAUAUAAUAAAAGUAAAUAGACAAAAAAUUAAUAAAAAAAUACAUUCUAUUAGCUUAUAUAAUAAAAUUAAAAGACAAUUAAUUGAAAAGAAAUUAAACGAUGUCAUUUUUUCAAAGCAUAAUAACAAUUUAAAUAGUUCCAAGAAAUGUGAAAUAAUUAAUGACAUGAAGUUACAUUUAAAUAAUAAAAUUAAUAAUGAAAUAAGUAAUAAUAUAAAAAAGGCACCUGUAUAUAUAUACAGAAUAAAACAUAAGAAUAAGUAUAUCCCUAUUAAAAAUUAUAAAUAUUCCUUUUUAUUUGUAAGAAAACCAAUUUAUAUUCCAUUAAUAAAAUAUAAAUAUAUUCCCUAUUAUUAUUAUGAUAAUAGAAAUAGUAAUACAGGAUAUAUUUUGAAUAACCCAUUUGAAAUUAAAAAAAUACAUAACUUGAAUGAUCGUAAAGGAAAAAAUGGGAAUCAUAGUUGUAAUUAUAUAAGUAAUAAUAACCACAAAAUUAAUUAUGAUAAUAAUAUUACUAAUAAUGUGAACAAAAAAAUGAAUAUCGUCAAUAAGGGAUUUAAUUGUAAGAACACAUAUAAUAAUAUAAAUGAUUAUUAUACUAGCAUAGAUGAAGCACAUAAUAUACACAAUAAUAAUCAUAGCAAUUUUAAUGAUACUUAUAAAAAUUUAUGUAAAAAUGAACAUUUAUGUGUUAAUAAAAAAUAUGCAUGGAAGAACAUAGACAGAAAAAUUUAUGCAAAAGGAAAGAUAUAUAUAAAUAAGAAUAACCAUAUAAUAAAUAAAUACAACAAAACAUAUAAAUACCAUAUAAUACGUAUAAGUAAUAGGAUGAAAAAUAUUCGUUAUAACUUUUUUAUUUAUAAUAUAUUUAAACAUCUUUACAAAUUAAGUAAAUAUAGGAAUCAUAAAGGAGUAGAUUUAGGAGAAAUAUCAUAUUUGAAAUUUAAUGUAAAUAAUAAUGAAAAAUGGAAAAAUGAGAAAUUUAAUAAUUUUAAUAUUCAUUAUAAAAUAAAGAAAAAUAGCAGUUCUUUAAUAAACUACAAUUUAAAUGAUAAUAAUGAUAAAAUGAAAUAUUUAUUUGAUAAAAAUCCAAAUAAUUUUAAUUUUUUCGAAAUUGUUCAAAAUAAAAAAAAAGUAAUUGAUGGAAAUAAUACAAAUGUAAAUGGUAUAAAAAGUUAUGAUAAUAUUUCUGCUUUUUACUUAAAAAAAAAUUCAUAUAAAGACACUAUUUUAAAAAAAAAAAAAAAAGAUUUUGACACAUUUAAUUAUAAUAUAAAAAAUGUUCCAAAAGAUAAUAAAAACAACAUAAAAUUGCAUCUUAAUAAUUAUUAUAAAAUAAAUGAAGAUAUGUUACCAUAUUCAAACAAAAAUAAAACUUGUUCAAAAAAUUGCAUAUUAAGAUAUACAUAUAGUGCAUAUAAUAAUAUGAAUAAUAUAUAUAAUACAAAAUUAUAUCAAAUUAAUAAAAAUAAUUUAACAAGAUGCCAACUUAAAGUAAAAAAAAUUUAUUUUAGUCAAACAAAUCAAACAACUCAAAUAAAAGAUAAUUAUUUAGGAAAUACUUCAUUAAAUAACACACUAAAAGACAAUUAUUUUUAUAAUAUAAAUAACACCAAUUUAACAAAUGCAACACUAAAAAAUAAGAACAUUGAAAGCUUUCAUAUAUGUUCAAUUAAUUCUUUAAAAAACAAACAUAUCAAAAAUACAAAAUACAAACAUAAUAUAGAAAAUAUAUGUAUAUAUAAAGAUUUUUAA